CUAAACCAGCAAACUGCUGCAUAAGAAACGAAAGCCCUUCUUACCCCACACAUGAUUGCGAUUCAAAAUUCCGUGUGCCGAAAAUAUGAUGAAGAAGUUACUAAGCAACGGCUCGAACAAAAAUAAAACUCUUAAGUUCGACGAGGGAAUCAAUUUGGACCAAAUAAUUGCAAAGCUAAAACUAAUCGGAGAGAUAGGAUCCGUGGUUCAGAUUUCCGUCCGGGAAAUCGAAGCGGUUUGUUCUCGGGCCAGGGAAGUACUGCUCAAACAGCCAACUCUGCUGGAGAUUCCUGCUCCGAUUAAUUUACUGGGAGACAUACACGGUCAGUACCUAAAUCUCUUGCGCUAUUUCGAGUCCAAUGGCUAUCCGCCGGAUUCGGUGUAUCUGCUACUGGGUGAUUAUGUGGACAGAGGCAAGCAGUCCAUCGAAACAUUGACCCUGCUACUGGCCCUCAAGGCAAGGUAUCCGACCAAGUUCUACCUACUAAGAGGAAACCACGAGUGCUCCAGUAUAAAUCACUUCUACGGAUUCUACGACGAGUGCAAAAGGCGAUACACGGUGAAGUUGUGGCGCACUUUUGUAGAUUGCUACAACUGCCUGCCACUGGCGGCGAUCAUCGAGGAGAAUAUCUUCUGUUGCCACGGCGGUCUGAGUCCCCAUCUGUUUAGCAUGCAGCAGAUACGGGAAAUUCGCCGGCCCAUCGAAAUACCGGAAUCCGGAUUGAUAUGCGAUAUUCUGUGGUCCGACCCUGAUCUGCGGAUCAUGGGCUGGGGUCCCAACGAAAGGGGCGUGAGCCACACCUUCGGUUCAGAUGUGGUCAGUGCCUUCUUGCACCGAUUCAAAUUGAACCUCAUUUGUCGGGGUCACCAGGUGGUCGAGGAUGGCUACGAGUUCUUCGCCAAGCGCCAGCUGAUCACAAUUUUCUCGGCCCCAAACUACUGCGGGGAGUUCGAUAAUGCUGGGGCCAUGAUGUGCAUCAAUCAGGAUUUGUUGUGCACCUUUCGAGUUCAGAGGCCAAUACUAUCGGAGCAGAGGAGACUAUCAGAUAUAAGUGUUUAAAGGUUUAAAGAUUCGUCCGUUCGAUCAUUGUAAAGUAGUUUAUUUUUUUAAACCAUAUUGUAAAUUCCAUAUUCCAGUUAGCGUUAUAAGAAGCACAAUUAAAAUAUAAACAGUUGCAAUUC